AUGAUUAUUCCUAUUCGUUGUUUCUCAUGUGGCAAAGUUGUUGGUGAUAAAUGGGAAACCUAUUUGGAAUAUUUACAAGAUGAAUCAAUGACUGAAGGUGAUGCAUUAGAUAAAUUGAAGUUAAAAAGAUACUGUUGUAGAAGAAUGGUAUUGACUCAUGUUGAUUUAAUUGAAAAGUUCUUACGUUAUAAUCCUUUGGAAAAGAAGGAACUUAGUUAG